AUGGCGAUCAAGGCCAAGUACAAGGUGCAGAAGAACUGGAUGGGUGAUCCAUGCUUUCCCAAGACUAUGAUGUGGGAUAGUCUGAAUUGCAGCUAUGCCACUGCCAGCCCUCCAAGGAUCACAAGCAUAAAUCUGUCAUCCAGUGGCUUGAAUGGUGAUAUAUCGUCUUCGUUUGCAAAUCUCAAGGCUCUCGAAUACUUGAAUUUGUCAAACAACAAUUUGACAGGCUCAAUUCCAGAUUCCCUUUCACAAUUACAGUCCUUGACAGAUAUAGAUUUGUCUGGCAACCGGCUCAAUGGAUCGGUUCCCUCUGGACUUCUCAAAAGAAUUCAAGAUGGGUCCCUGAAUCUAAGACAUGGCAACAAUCCAAACCUUUGUACCGGCGACAACACAUGUCAGCUUGCUGCUAAACGGAGGAGCAAACUGGCCAUCUAUGUUGUUGUCCCCUUACUUGUCAUUGUUGUGAUAGUAUCUGUGGCAGCCCUAGUCUUGUUCUUGCUAAGACGACGAAAGCAGCCACAAGGGUCAAUGGACAAUAUGGUGACAAUAAAGCCGCAGAAUGAGGAGGAAAUGCCAACGAGCCAUGCUGGUGCUAAUUAUUCGCUGCGACUAGACCACAACCUCCGGUUCACGUACAAGGAACUCAAGAUGAUAACCAAUGGCUUUGAACGGGUGCUUGGCCAAGGAGGCUUCGGUCGCGUCUAUGAUGGCUUCCUGGAGGAUGGUACACAAGUGGCGGUGAAGUUGCGGUCUCAUUCCUCCAAUCAAGGCGUCAAAGAGUUUCUCGCAGAGGCUCAGAUUCUAACCCGGGUUCAUCACAAGAAUCUGGUGACCAUGAUUGGUUACUGCAAGGAUGGGGAGUAUAUGGCUCUUGUGUAUGAGUACAUGUCACAAGGAACCCUGCAAGAGCACAUUGCAGGAAGUGGCCAAAGUUUACCUUGGCGGCAGAGGCUUCGAAUAGCAGUUGAAUCUGCACAAGGCUUGGAGUAUCUGCACACGGCUUGCAACCCACCUCUUAUCCAUAGGGAUGUUAAGGCCACAAACAUCUUGUUGAAUGCUAGACUUGAGGCCAAGAUCACAGAUUUUGGCCUGUCCAAGGCCUUCGAUCGCCACAAUAGAAAUUACAUUUCAACAAAUACGCUUGUUGGUACACCUGGAUAUGUUGAUCCAGAAUACCAGGCAACUGUGCAACCCACGACCAAGAGCGAUGUGUACAGCUUUGGUGUGGUACUGCUAGAGCUGGUCACUGGGAAGCCAGCCAUCCUCUCAGAGCCAGAGCCCACAAACAUUAUUCAUUGGGUGCGCCAGCGGCUAGCAAGAGGCAACAUUGAGGGAGUGGUAGACGCACGAAUGCAUGGCGGUUACAAUGUCAACAGCGUGUGGAAGGUGGCGGAGAUCGCACUCAAAUGCUCCGCGCAGGCAUCAGCACAGCGACCUAGCAUGGCCGACGUUGUGGCACAACUACAGGAGUGUGUAUUGCUCGAGGAGGGCCGCACCCCUGACUUCAACACCGGUGGCAGCAACAGUGAUUACUCGAGCUGGAAUUAUAAUGCCUGUACCAGUGGGCAAUCCACUGUUGUGAGUAGGAAUGAUGCAUUUGGGACGGAACUAAGGACGCCAACGGUGGGUCUUGGUCUAGCUCCUGCUACACGUUGA